AUGGUGACAUCAUGGUACCGGGAGAGGUGGUGGCAAGGCCGCGGCGCAUCGAGGCCUUGCGAGGCGUCCACGCCUGUGGCGUCAGUGUGGGCGAACACUGCCUGUGUGUUGUACGAUGCUGCUGGUCGGCUCUACAGCUGGGGCAGGGCUGAGCUGUGCGGCUUGGGACCCAAGGACGAAUCCGAGUCCGAGCGGAUCCCACAACUGGUCGAUUCGCUUGCCGAGCACCGCGCGUGCGCAGUGAGCGUCGGCGGCUGCGUCAGCCUCGUCUGCACAAGAACUGGCGCCAUCUUCUCCUUCGGAGACGACUGGCGACUUGGGAGUUACGCGCGUCAGGGGGGGGAGUGGGGAGAGUGGAGACCGCCUGCACGGCCGUCGUACGAGCAGGCGCUCGGCCAUCCAUAUGAUGUGGAGCACACGCAGUACUAG